AUGAAGUUGCAAACAACCUUUCCCGCCAUCCUUGCUCUCUUGAGCGGCCUGUUGGCCCACGCAGCUCGGCCCUUGGAAAACCUCGGCCGAGGUGUAGUCGCCGUCCGCAGAAGCGAUGAGGAGAUCCUCGUUUCUUGGCGGCUCCUAGGCCUUGACCCCAGCGGGAUCGGCUUCAACGUCUACCGUGACGCGGGCGGAAGCCCUGAGAAGCUCAACAGCGCCGUUCUCACCGGCGGCACCAACUUUGUCGACUCUACCGCCGACCCAGACGAGGUCAAUACCUACUUUGUCAAGCCGGUCAUCAGCGGCAAGGAGCAAGACGCCAGCGGAUCCUUCAGCCUCCCGGCUGAUAAUGCCGUCGAGCCCGUCGUUCGUGUCCCCAUCAACAGCGGGGGCGCCGUCAAGUUUGUCUGGGUCGGCGAUCUGGAUGGCGAUGGUGAGUGGGACUUUGUCCUUGAUCGCCAGACGUCGCCUCAGUCCCUCGAAGCGUACACCAGCAACGGGACACUUCUGUGGCAGAUUAGUCUGGGGCCCAACAGCGAGAACCAGAACAAUAUUGAACCUGGAUCUGCAACGAUUGAUGUGGGCCACUGGGACGGUGCGACUGUAUUCGAUUUCGAUAGUGACGGCCGGGCGGAAGUCGCUCUGAGAAUCGCCAACGGCGUCAAAUUCGGAGACGGCACAACUUUCGAUGAUGGCGAGACCGACGACCAUCAGUUCAUGGCCAUCAUCGACGGACUUACCGGCGCCCUCCGCGCCACUGCCCCUGUGCCCACAGACUACAUCGAAGACGGCCCAAUGGGUGCGCGCUUGGGUGCUGGGUUCCUUGAUGGAGAGACGCCCCAUCUCGUUGCCUACAUGAAGAACCGCCAGGACUCGGGAGCCUUCAAUCUGAUCUACGCGGCCUACACCUUCAACGGUAAAGCUCUCACGCAAGAGUGGCAGUGGAACCGGGGUCACGGCAAUUACUCGGACGGACACAACACGCGUAUCAUCGACGUGGACGGCGAUGGGAAGGACGAAGUCUUUGAGAUUGGGUUUGGUCUCAACGGCGACGGAAAGCCUCGCUAUUCGCUCAACGACCAGGGCGUUGUCCACGGCGACCGCUACCACAUUGCCAAGAUGGAUCCUGACCGCGAGGGCCUCCAGGGGUAUGGCGUUCAGCAAGACAACCCGAGCCUUUUGUACGAGUACUACUACGAUGCCGACUCUGGCGAGAUUCUCUGGAAACACUACGGCGAUGAGGUCGGCGACAAUGCGCGAGGUAUGGCUGGAGACAUUGAUCCCAAUCACGAGGGCAUGGAGGUUUGGUCGUUCAACGCGAAGGAAGACGAGCUCACUGAGUCCGACACCUCCCUUGCUCCCUGGCCUCAUACGGGUCUCUGGUGGGACGGAGACGAGAUGAUGGAGCUCUUCAACGACGGCAAGUUUGAAAAGUGGAAUUGGAACACAUCUGCGGUCGAUCGAAUUUUGAAGGUCAGCACCUACGGAGGCACUCUAUCGGGUAGGUACGCCCAGUUCAUUGGCGACAUCCUUGGCGACUGGAGGGAGGAGGUUGUUGUGACUAAUGCGGACGCGGAUGAGUUGCUGAUCUUUACGACGGAUAAGCCGAGCGACAUCCGGCUGUAUACUCUGGCGCACAACCCGGCUUACCGCAACGCCAUGACGCUGAAGGGCUACAUGCAGUCUAGUCACGUCGACUACUUCAUUGGAAAGGAUAUGAAGGAGCCUCCUACGCCGAACAUCAGAUAUGCGGGUGCCUAG